AUGAGCGCUAGCACAUUCAAAGUCAUCGUUGUUGGGGGCGGGCCGUCUGGCUUAACUGCGGCUCACGCCCUACACCUAGCCGGCAUCGACUUUGUCGUGCUAGAGAGGAGGGAAAACGUUGUCGAGGACGUCGGAGCGAGUCUUGUUUUGGCACCGCCAAGCCUACGAGUCAUGCACCAAUUCGGUAUCCUUGAAGAGCUAUUGGCCAUCGGGAGAGAGGUUGAGUUUGGCAAGUCAUUUGAUUUGGAAGGGCGGGAAUUCAAGAACAGCACCAAGGUUCAGCUUUUGCGCAAAAACCACGGCUCUUGUCCUGUUGCCUUUCAUCGAGCUCAGCUUAUCCAGGUUCUCUAUGAUCGCCUCCCCACAGAGGCCAAAGAAAAGGUCCACCUCGGGAAAAAGCUCACCAGCAUCGAGCCCAAUGAAAGUGGUGUGACUGUUUCCUGCGCUGAUGGCAGCGUGUACGAGGGCUCCGUUGUGAUCGGAGCUGAUGGCGUACACAGCAAAACUCGCCAUCUGAUGCGUCAACUUGCCUUGAAAGACGACCCUUCUCGAGACUGGGAACCCGAGGAGCCGUUUGCUUCCUCUUACAAGUGCAUGUGGGCAAGUUUCAUGCGACCCUCGGAGGAAGGCGGUCAGAAUUACGACACCCAACAUCAAAACAAGAGUGCCAUGUACAUAUCAGGUCGCGAGCGAAGCUGGAUCUUUCUUUACGAAAAGCUGCCGGAGCCAACGACCAACAGGGCCUCAUACUCUCAGAAGGACAUUGAGAAGUUCUCUGAGGGGUUCAUGGAUUUUCCACUGACCGGGACGCUCAAGGUCAAGGAUCUGUGGGACAAGAGGCUCACAGCUGGCAUGGCCAAUCUGGAAGAAGGAGUUGCGGAGCAUUGGAGUUGGAAUCGGAUCGUGCUUGUGGGUGAUGCGUGCCACAAGUUUACUCCCAACGCUGGCCUGGGCUUGAACAACGGUAUCCAGGACGUGGUGAUGCUAUGCAACGGCUUGCGGAAGGCCGUGUGUGAUAGCUCCGAUGGACCAAGCCAGAGUGUUCUGACCGAGAUAUUCGACGAGUAUCAAAAGGUUCGGACACAGGCGCUUCAGUCCGACGCGUCUCGUUCAGCUGGCAUGACGCGCAUGCAUGCAUGGGAGAACACGAAGUACUAUCUCCUGUCGAGGUAUAUCAUGUCGUCGCCGCUGGUUGAACACCUUUUGAUCAACAUUCUUGGAGCAAGAGGGAUGCGUGAGUCGCUCGUAUUGGAUUAUGUCCCGUGCGAAGAGCCGAUGCGAGGAAAGGUCCCUUGGAGACAUGCGAUGCCUGAACCUGUCAAGAGCGGUUGA